AUGACAGAGGUGCUGGUUCAACUUGAAGAGUGGGGAGGCGGAGAGUCGAGCGGAGAGAUAAAGCCUUAUCGCAUCGCGCCGUCGACACACCUUGGAGACUCUUACCAAACAACCAUGGCUUCUGAUCCCCCUCCAAAAAGGGGCAUGUCCCUGUACGCCAACUUACUUGAUCCGUCUACUGAUGCGCCUGGUACCAUCUCCCGUGCACCUGUUGUCUUUAAGCAGCCGGAGACUGAACCUCAACCCGACGACGCGGCCGCCAAAAAGCAACAACUGAAUCCUGCUUCUCUUCGGUUCCAACCACCCAAGAGACCACAGCUCUCAGCUCAGAAGCCUAAACCGAGGCAUACUUUACCAAAGGCAGUGUCUCAACCACAGCCCUCCGCCAACCAAGCUUCGGUGCCGACAAAGAGCACUUUGGCUGAUUGGACCGCCGUUGACGAUGAUGAAUAUGAGUACACGCGCGAGAAGCGACAGCGCGGUGGAAGAAAGAAACGCAAGAAGAACCUUGAAACGCAAGUUGUCCAAAACUGGGACGAUAUCUACGACCCUUCUCGACCGACCAAUUACGCGGAAUACCGCCAUAGUGAUGAGAAGAUUGCUGAAGUCCGCGAGUGGAAGGAUCUCUUGUAUUCGCAUACCAGAAAGCGUUCACCGAGCAGAUAUUCCGAUAGCGAGGAUUAUGACCGGCCAAAGAAAAGACAAUUUGCGCCCCCAAGCAACUUUGCGCCGCCGCCGGAUCUUAACGAUGUGCCACCACCAGCUUCUAUUCCCAAUGACCCAUCCGGUGAGGAUGCAUUUGCUCGCCGUGCAGCAUUAGGGAAUCUCCCGUCACCCACAACCCGAACUGAAGAUCAUACAUCAAUUCCCGAUGAUCCCACUGGCGAAGAUGCGUAUAUGCACCGCUUCCAGAAAGCUGAGAAUCCACCAUCGGGACAAGUCAUACCACCUCCUCCACCCUCACGUCCCCUUGACGCCAUCCAACCUAGCUCCGCAACCAUCUCCCGUGCACCGGUCCGGUACGCUCUUCCUCCGCCCCCAGAAGACAUCCCGGCCUCCGAAGCCGAACUUGAAGCUGUAUUGGCCCAAGAGCAACCGGCGGAUGAGAGAGAGCCAGAUGAGUCCGCGCCGCGAUCCCUUCGUCCUGGCCAACAAGGCUUCGCAGAACGACUGCUUUCUAAGUAUGGCUGGACUAAGGGUUCCGGCCUCGGCGCUACUGGUUCUGGUAUGGUAAAGCCCCUGGAAGUCAAGAUUGAGAAGCGAAAGAAGCGACCAGACUCAGAGGGUGGUGGCUUUGUCACUCCUGCUGGACGAGGUAAGAUCAUCGGAAGCAAUAAGAAAGGUGAAUAUGAGACCAGCAAGUUUGGCCCUAUGAGCCAAGUAAUCAUCCUACAGGGCAUGCUGCAAGGCAUGGACCUGGAUGCGGAGAUAGAGCGAAGUGAUGGUGGUGGUUUGGUCCAGGAGAUUGGAGGGGAGUGUGACGAAAAGUAUGGAACCGUGGAGCGAGUCUUCAUUGCUCGCGAUGUCGGAACCCCAGUCCCUGUCUUUGUCAAAUUUAGGGACCCCUUGUCUGGUCUACGGGCCGUGAAUGCGCUCGAAGGCCGGAUCUUCAAUGGUAACACAAUCACCGCACGAUUCUUCGAUCUCGAGAAGUUCGAACAGGGGAUUUACACGGUCUAA